AUGCAACUCCUGUGCUCUCAUAAAUUCUACCAAGCUAGAGACGAUCCACUACCAUCUUAUCGCAUUACUAUGGGCCGAUUUUCAAAGAGUCAACAUGCAAAUCGCGCAAUUGCUGCUAAACAAGAGGCAAAGCGUGCCCGUUUAAGCAAUUCCAUAUUUUUCUCAGUCAAAUUACGCAAAUACCGGCCAAGGUCAAUCCCAUCAUACACUACCCCCAGGAGACCCAGCAUUCUUGCCGGUGUCCCAGACCCCCGAUCCCGAGGAUGGACAAGAAGAGAGUACUUUAAGUUGUGAGUUGGAGAUUGAGAUCUCUGACACAGAUGAUCUUGAUAAAGUUGCAGUUACAGUUACAUCUUGCGUUUCUGAACAGCAUUUACAGUACUUUUACAUGCUGGAAGAGAGCAAACUAUAGAUGGAAACUUCGGUUCCCAAACAGUCUUCCGGUAUCAGCAGCUGGCUACUGGAGAUAAGAAAAAAACAACAACGAGCCUUACAAUGCGAAAAACAAAAUACUAAAGCUUGCUGCAGGCUGCCAGUGGAUGUCAGCCAUUAAUAUCAAGCUUCCUAAUCUCAACUCAGACUUCUACCACCUCUUAUGGAUCUCCUAAACCUGCUCUGGCCUCAAGUCUCCUUUCCCGAGAGAGUGGAAUAAAAGCUUUAGAGAAAAUAAUUGCAUCUAAGAACUUGAAAACUAAGCUUUGCGGACAAGACCUAACACGACAUAGGGCGGUUUUGCAAUUUCUCUACUAUCAACGAAAGAUAGAGAAGCAUGAGCAGGCACAAAUAAAUGUGUCAAGGAGGAAGAGAAUAGACAUGGCCUUAGAGGUUUUACACUGCUUUUCGAAGGGGAAGUGGUUUGCUGAGAAGCUGAUAUCUUGGGAGCGGAAGUGGCUCUUUGUGCAAGAGAUACCAUCUGGCAAGCAAGGAUGUUUUGUAAAAACACGAUCAUGGUUUAAUGAUGAGGG